AUGAAGGUGAAGAAAAGAGUAUUUGAGAGUGAUAGCAGUGAAGCAGAUGAUAUAGAUGAAAAGCUACUUUGUGACCACCUUCCAGGAUCUUCUGAAACAGAUAUUUGUACCAUUAGCUAUACCGCUGAUAAUUUAACAUCAAUUUUUGGAGAACAGCAGUCUAAUUUUCGAAACAUUAAAGAUGAUAUAUUACAGUAUGUAUGUGGAAAACGUACUGAAGUAAUAAAUUUAAGACGUAAACAUCAUACAAUAUCCAAUCUUCGUGUAGCCCCACUACUGAAGAAGAUUCCACCUUCAAUUACUUAUUUAUACGAGGAAGAAAAACUUGAAGUCCUCAGAAGGGAACACUUCUUCUGGAUUCAAAAUACAGAAAAUUUCCAAACUGAAGUUAAGCCGCAAAAAGUUCCAGAAGUGUCUCAACAGAAUACAUUUUAUCGUCAGAAUUCUGAGAAAUCAGCCAGACCAAGAAAACAUCUUCAACAAGGAAAAGAAACAUUUUGUUCUCUUAAAAGGUCUUCCUUUCCCAAAGACAGAAAUCAUCGCUUAUGA